AUGGCUGCCAUCACUGAGGAUCUCACUGAUGUUGUUGUCAAAGAUGUUCAUGAGAUUUGUAUCAACAACGAUGCUGAAAAGAUCAUUGAUGAAAAAACUGAGAAACCAGAGACUGAGUCGGGACUCAAACCUGAAUCGGAGUUAGAUAUGCAGAAGCUGGUGGCUAUGUUCAAGAAACUGAAUCCUUUGGCUAAGGAGUUUUUUCCCUCUUACUACAGUCCCAAGAAGAACGGUGAAACUGUAAAAGGUAAUCAGUUCCUGUCUGUUGAUGAUGAUUUACCGACGGCUAAGAAGCAAUCUGGUGAAGAACUUGAUUCUGAUGGAAAGAAGGAUGACAAUAACCGGAAGAGAAGAAACAAUUAUAGCCAAGGGAGGAGGAGGUUAACUGGAAGAAUUUCAAAAGCUCAGAGAGAGGAUAGUAUUAGAAGAACAGUGUAUGUUUCUGACAUUGACCAGAGUGUGACUGAGGAGGGUCUUGCUGCCUUGUUUAGUAACUGUGGACAAGUUGUUGACUGUCGAAUUUGUGGGGAUCCACAUUCAGUUCUUCGAUUUGCGUUUGUGGAGUUUGCUGAUGACCAGGGCGCACAUGAAGCUUUAAGCCUUGGUGGAACGAUGCUAGGGUACUACCCAGUGAGGGUCUUACCUUCAAAAACUGCUAUUCUUCCAGUGAAUCCCACAUUUCUUCCUAGGUCUGAGGAUGAAAGGGAGAUGUGUUCAAGGACAAUCUAUUGCACAAACAUUGACAAAAAGGUUUCUCAAGCUGAUAUGAGAAACUUCUUUGAGUCGGCUUGUGGUGAGGUAACUCGUCUGAGGCUUCUUGGCGAUCAACUUCACUCAACUCGCAUAGCCUUUGUUGAAUUUGCUCUGGCAGAUAGUGCAACUAGGGCGCUCAAUUGCAGCGGGAUGGUAGUUGGAUCCCAACCCAUAAGGGUAAGUCCGUCAAAGACACCAGUAAGGCCACAAAUCACUCGACCACCAUCCACAAACUAGAGAGAGACUUGACUAUCUUGCUGGCUUUCCAGAAGAGAGAUGAUUGCAAACAUUUUGUUUCCUUUAGUAACUUUUUUUUCCUUUCGUUAUCUUUUACGUUUUAGAACAGUUAUCUAUCUCCAGUUAUGUUAGUAGCUGGAAACACUAUGAUCCUGCUUCUGAGUUUGGAGUUCUUGUUAGGUUCUCUCUUUACAGACAGAGAUACUUCUCCCUGUUUCAUCAUCUUUCUCUUAAAACGUUUUUUUUUUUGGAGCAUUUGCUUUUAAAAGUUGUUGGCUUUUACAAGUUCAUUUAUUUAUUUUGCUCUUCUUCUGUUUAAGGUUAUAUCAUCUGUCCAAAAAGUACUGUCAUUCCUUUGAUGUUUUUUUGCUAGUUCAGGG